CUCUUCGAUCCUUCAGCACAACUGAGAUUUCCAAGCAGUUUCCUAAACGGGGAAAAUAGGAGGGGUUUAAAGAACCCAAAGAGGUUUCCCAAUGGCUUUUUUUUUUUCGUGAGUCUAUGGAAACGUGAGCGAAAGUAACGCCCGUGGGGGAAGAAUAAAACUACAAAUCCCAUGCGCCGAAGCGAGAGCAGAGGUGGUGGGGAAAAGGAGAAGCAGGUGGGAUUAAUGUCAUGAGGGAGGAGGAGUGCCUGGUUUGAAGCACCCGCGGGGCUGAGUCCUGAUCGCGCGCGGUGAAUGAAAGAAGCGGCGGUGGCGGCGGCCUGAAAUGCCCCGUCGGGCGAGUGACAGUGGAGAGCAGAGGUCUGGCCGGGAGAGCGGAAGCGGCCCGCUCGGAGAUAUCCCAUGCUGUCCCGCCACGUUCACAGGCUGGUUAGAGAUUGGGGCUUGUACCAGAAUCAUCUUCAAAGAUACCUCCAGAAUGCUCAAGCUUUUCAGUGCCUGAAGUGUGUGGAGUACUAUUCUUGGGCUUGCUACCCACACUUGAACCUUCAGAAUUUUGGGGAGAAUUGGAGACUUCCCCUGUUCUGGAACUUACAACUUUCUCCCAAUCUCUGGCAAAACUAUUCCAUUCAUUUUUGUACUGCGAAAAUGAAAUCCGAGGACUGUGAACCAGUUUUUAAAAAACGAAGAGAGAGCGAAGUGCAGGACAUUAAUUGCAGUGUUGAAGAAAAGAUAAAUGUAUCGUCUUUAAAUGAAAAAUCAUCAUCUCUGGUUACAGAAGAAAGCACUCCAAAACUAAAAAGAUUGAUCAAGAGACAUUGGGAAUACUUUUGCCAUCAAAGUAAAAAAACAACAGUUAUUGGAGACAAGACGCAGAUCAACGAAGAUGAUAAAGACCCACAGGCAACAUUUGAUUUUACUGUAAUGUCAUACAACAUUCUUUCCCAGGAUUUAUUAGAAUACAAUCCCCACCUCUACAGACAUUGCCAGCAGCAAAUACUAGCUUGGAAUUAUCGCUUUCCCAACAUUCUUGCUGAUAUCAAACAACUUGAUGCAGAUGUACUUUGUUUGCAGGAAGUCCAAGAAGACCAAUAUGGAGUAGAGAUCAAACCAACCUUGGAAGCCCUAGGCUAUCACUGUGAAUACAAAAUGAGGACAAGAAGAAAGCCUGAUGGCUGUGCCACAUGCUUCAAGACCUCCAAAUUCAGUCUUCUUUCCUCCAAUCCUGUGGAAUUCUUCCGUCACAAUAUCCCACUUUUGGAUAGAGAUAAUGUGGGGCUAGUUCUGCUCCUGCAGCCUCGGUUUUCCUACAAAGCCCCCACAGCCAUUUGUGUGGCCAAUACACAUCUCCUGUAUAAUCCAAGGCGGGGAGACAUUAAACUAACCCAGCUAGCCAUACUCCUGGCAGAAAUUACCAGUGUUGCCAUUCGUGAAGAUGGGCGUUUUUGUCCCCUUGUCCUCUGUGGUGAUUUCAAUUCUGUCCCUCAUUCUCCUCUGUACAAUUUCUUGACAGAAGGAAAGCUGAAUUAUGAAGGCCUGCCAAUAGGAAAAGUGUCUGGCCAGGAACAGUCCCCAAGGGGCCAAAGGAUACUUAAGAUUCCCAUUUGGCCUCACAGCCUUGGCAUUUCUCAGGAUUGUAUGUACGAGGAACAUCAGAAACGCCUAGUAAAAGAAAGAGAGAGCAGAGAGACUAAAGAUGCAAGUUUAGAACAGUCAGAAGAGAUCCUAAUUGUAGCAAAAAGAUUGCCCACAGAUUUACAUCACAGCUUUCAAUUGUCUUCAGUCUAUUCUCAUUAUCUGCCUGACAAUGGAGUUCCAGAAGUAACAACCUGCCACUCAAGAAGUGCAGUGACUGUAGAUUACAUCUUCUAUUCUGUAGCAAGGGACAAUGUUACUCAGGAAUCAGGAGCUGAACUUCUUUUCAGUGGAGGACUGAGUCUCCUGGGUAGACUGUCAUUGGUAACUGAGCAAGAUCUGUGGGGAGUCAAUGGACUUCCUAAUGAAAGCAAUUCCUCUGACCAUCUCCCUCUCCUGGCUAAGUUCAGGCUGGAAGAAUAACUUUUGGAUGAAAAUAAUUGGUGUCUUCUCUCUUACCUUCUCUCAUCUUAAUUUUUAUCAAACCCAGCAAAAAUGACUGAAGAUAUUUUUAUAUCUGCUGUAAAUUAUCAAUAUCACUCAUAAAAAAAAGCAAGCUACUUUUACAUAAGGAUUUUUUUUUUAAUAAAUGA